GGCGUUCAACUAUAGAGCCCGUCGCCAUGUUUGUAAAGGGCGGUGCGUUGUAGAUGUGAGCGCGUAAAAUGUUCAAAAUAUCGGCUACAUUUUGCGAUUUAUUCUUAACGUGGAAUACCCAAUUGUAGAUUGAAGUUCGAUCGAGUCGCUGGUUGUGUUUUUAACAGCAGAUGACCGAAUUUCGCCCGAAUAAUUUGUGAUUACAUGAUGACAUGUAAAGGAUGAGCGACGAAACUCCGGGGGCGACGCAGGGUGCUCUGCCCCCGCGCGAGGGUCAACAAGCCUCUCGAGCUGUGGCAGAGCGCCCUGCUGUGAGAUUGACUCAGGUUGCAGGAGCACAGUACGUUUUGACUACUUCGCAACCCCAUGGAGUUCCAGCGUUGGCCCAGAUUACACCGGGUACUUUGUCAACUCAAGGUGGAGUAACACGUAUCAUCAGUAUAAGUCCCUCGCGUAUAAAUCAGACGUCACCGUUGAGACCGAGUCAAGCGAACCAAUCUAUAGUAAACGUUCUUACCAAACCUCGGCCAAAUACGAACGUUCGAUUGCAAUUAUUUCCCACGAGCGGAAGUGAAACUUCUAGUUCUUCGACGAUGCCGUCACAAACGUCGCCAACCAAAGCGCCAGUUAAGAGAUUACUGCCGUCCACGCCCGAAAAGAAAGACACAUACGCUGCUAAACUUCAGCGUGUUAUGAAUCAUAGAAUAGUGAAAUCGAAACUUAUCAAAGAAAAAUACAACGAGCAUCUGAUGGAAGCUUAUUUCUUAGAAGCUGGAGGAAAUAUAUUGGAUUUGUAUCAGUUCUCUAAGAAACCAAAAUCUCCAGCGUAUCUCGCGUAUUUGAAGGAGCAUGCCAUAGAUCCAAAAGAGAAUAUGGAGGAGCAGUCGAUAUCACAAAUUGUUCCCAGUACACCCACUGCGACAUCCGCGAGUUCCCUACCUGGGAUUUCCCACACGCAGAGUAACAUAACGGCAACUUCGACGCCACUUACAAACCACAAUCAAGACUCGAAGUUGAAUUCUAGUAAAGUUAAAACACCAACAAAUCAUCAGAAUGUCAGUAAUCAAGAGCAAAUAGUGGAGAAAGCGAAACAAGAAGCUUAUGUUGUUCAACGGAUAGCUGAUUUACAAAAGGAAGGACUUUGGUCGGAGAAGCGUCUUCCUAAAGUACAAGAAAUGCAUCGAGCGAAAGCCCAUUGGGACUUUUUGCUCGAAGAAAUGGUGUGGUUAGCAGCCGAUUUCGCUCAAGAACGUAAAUGGAAAAAAGCUGCAGCUAAAAAGUGCGCUAGAAUGGUUCAGAAAUAUUUCCAAGAUAAAGCGUUGGCAGCUCAAAGAGCUGAAAAAGCACAAGAACAGCACCUGAGAAGGAUAGCAGCGUUUUGUGCGAAGGAAAUUAGAAAUUUCUGGAAUAACGUGGAGAAGUUGGUCGAGUAUAAACAAAAUACGAUUUUAGAAGAGAAGAGAAAGAAAGCAUUGGAUCAACAGUUGAGUUUUAUUGUUGAUCAGACUGAAAAGUAUUCGCAGUUGUUGGCCGAAGGAAUGAACAGGACUAAUCCUGAUAACGUACCUGCGAGUGCUGUGUCGUCUCGAUCGGCUUCUCGUAAUAAUUCUGAUGAUGAGUUUCAUCCCGAUAGUCAUAACAGCACAGAUGAUGAAGAAACUAUUGCACAGGAGGAAGCUGCGGGUGGUGAAAGUACGGAUCAGAAUGAAGAAGUAGCCGCUUUACAGAGGGAAUCGGAGAUGGAUCUCGACGAUUUCCUCAAAGAACUGCCCAAAGAUUACCUUCAAAAUAGAGACAGUAUUCGACUUAGUGAUUUAAGUGCUUCUGAGGACGGCUCGGAUACCGAAGACAGAUGUGAUACAAAGGCAUCGAAAAGUGACGAAGAUUUCAGUACGGCUAAUGUUAGUAGCGACGAGGAUGACGAGGACACUAUUCAAGAACAAGAACAGGCGGAGGGUAAACAAGAUCACCAGCAAGAGUUAGAGGAUCUCAAAGCGGAGAACGAUAUGAGUAUAGAUGAAUUGAGGAAGAAAUAUAGCGGGCCUCCUCCAUCUGUCUCUGACGAUGAGGAUGUAAAGAUGUCGGAUGUCUCAGACGAUGAGUACGAAGAGUCGGUCGAAGAAUCAGACAGUUCGGAAGAAAAUGAUAUUAGUGAUACCGACAUGGAAGUGUCCGAGAAUGACAGCCAGGGAGAUGAUUUAGGACUCAAAUCACUACUCGAAGAUUCUCAUAAUGAGGGAGAAGAUGCAAAGACUGAUAAAAAUAAUGACCUUAUUAACGAUGCUGCUGCGAUAGCUGAAAGCAUUCAACCUAAAGGAAACACGUUGUCUUCCACCAAUGUAUCAACCAAGGUACCAUUUUUACUUAAACUGCCUCUAAGGGAAUAUCAACACAUCGGUUUAGAUUGGUUAGUGACGAUGUACGAACGAAAGUUGAAUGGUAUUUUGGCUGAUGAGAUGGGGUUGGGGAAAACUAUACAGACUAUAGCUUUAUUGACGCAUCUGGCAUGUGAAAAAGAAAAUUGGGGCCCCCAUUUGAUUGUUGUUCCUACAUCUGUUAUGUUAAAUUGGGAGAUGGAAUGUAAAAAGUGGUCGCCAGCAUUUAAAAUUCUUACUUAUUAUGGGACACAGAAAGAAAGAAAAUUGAAAAGAAUGGGUUGGACGAAACCGAACGCUUUUCAUAUUUGUAUUACUUCGUAUAAACUAGUCAUCCAAGAUCAUCAGAGUUUUCGAAGGAAAAAGUGGAAAUAUCUUAUUCUUGAUGAAGCUCAAAAUAUUAAAAAUUUCAAGUCCCAACGAUGGCAGUUGUUAUUGAAUUUUCAGACGCAACAACGCUUGUUACUGACUGGUACACCUUUACAAAAUAAUUUAAUGGAACUUUGGUCUUUAAUGCAUUUUUUAAUGCCGAACGUUUUCCAAUCGCAUAGGGAAUUUAAGGAGUGGUUUUCAAAUCCUGUAACGGGGAUGAUCGAAGGCAAUUCGGAAUAUAACGAAAAUAUUAUAAAGAGAUUGCAUAAGGUAUUGAGACCGUUUUUAUUGAGGCGACUGAAGUCAGAGGUAGAAAAACAAAUGCCGAAAAAGUACGAGCACGUAGUUAUGUGCCGUUUGUCUAAAAGACAAAGAUUUCUGUACGACGAUUACAUGUCUAGGGCAAAAACGAGAGAAACUUUAGCCAGUGGAAAUUUACUAAGUGUAAUAAAUGUGCUCAUGCAAUUGCGGAAAGUUUGUAACCAUCCUAAUUUAUUUGAAGUCAGGCCAACAAUAUCGCCAUUUCUUUGUGAUGGUAUUGUUGUACUUUAUCCGUCUUUGGUUUACGCAGUUUUGGAAUAUAAUGUUUGGAAGCAAAUUGACUUUUUAUGGCUAAAUUUAAAUUUAAUUUUUAUGGAAUAUAAUUUGAGUGCGUAUCAAAGUUACCGCAUGAAACAAAUGCGUACACCUCGUAAAGUCAUAGAAAUAUAUUCAGUACCAGAGGAAAUCCCUCCACCGCCUCCAUGUCGUCUCAUGAUGAGAAUAAAGAAACACGAAGACACUAAAACCGUUCCUCUAAAAGUAGAAAAACGAGAUGUAAACGGCAAGAAUCCGCAAACAUCCCAAAAUAUUAAGGUCAAAGUUCCACAGUACGGUGUCCAACUUGUUCAACAGGGUAUUGUCAAAGCCAUUCCUGUAAAUAUUUCGCAACCCUUGCUCAGUAAUCAAACUGCUACACCAGUUAGUGUUACGUCUAUGUUGAAACCGUCGGAUAAAAUAUCGGCUAGUUUUGCACAGUUGGUACAAACGUCGACGGGGAAACAUUUGUUGUUAACACCUAAUCCCAGCAUAUCGGGCAAUAUUCCAGUUUCAACUACCACUGCAGGUGGACAGAAAUUGACGUUUUUGUCUAAACAGCCCUUGCUAACUGCAGGCAAUUCGGGUCAUCAAAUAACUAAAGCCUUUAUGAAAAUUCAGUUGACGUCAGUUGCGGCUACUACAACCAAUACGAUCACUACGAGCACGCCUCCGGCUGCAAAAACUUCCGAUAAAGAGGAACGAAAAACAGUCGGUCCGAAAUUUAUAGAUCAAUUGUAUGCUAAUCAAUCAAAUAAUUUGGACGUUCGGUGGGACAGCGAUGGUAUAACAAAUGACGUAGGAUCUUCAGAUGAAAUGGAUUUGUACAAAGACGAACUGAAAGCCAGAUUACAAUUGAUGGCAAAAAUAAACGAGCAAAGGUGUUCCGCUGUUCCACUUUACGGAGAAGAUUUUCGUCAAAUUGUGACAAUUGAAAAUAGUUUUCCGAUAAUUAGUUUGUGGAAAAGCGAUCAGAGUAAAACAGCCGAUACCGAAUGUGAUUCAACUGCGGACAUGUUUACCUGUUUCAAGGAACUUGUCCGUACUCCGGAAAAUAGGAUAGAGCAAUUGGCAGAUAUUUGUGAUAGGUUUAUUUUUUAUGUGCCUGCUGUGCGAGCGCCAGAGCCUGAAAUGCAAAUAUGGCAUCCGUCACCCAGUACAUAUUGGGGCGAAAAAGAAGAAAAAAAGAAAUUAGCAGCGUAUUUAUCCGCUCCUGCAACGUCGUUACAUCGUAUUGCCUCGGCGAUGGUUACACAAUUUCCCGAUCCUAGACUUAUACAAUAUGAUUGCGGUAAAUUACAAACGUUGGAUAAAUUACUCAGAAAAUUGAAAACUGGGGGACAUCGGGUAUUGAUUUUCACUCAAAUGACGAAAAUGUUGGACGUUUUGGAAGCUUUUCUCAAUUUCCACGGACAUAUUUAUUUAAGAUUGGAUGGAACGACCAAAGUCGAUCAGAGACAGCUUCUAAUGGAAAGAUUUAAUGGCGACACAAGAAUAUUUGCUUUUAUUCUUUCCACACGUUCUGGUGGCAUCGGUGUUAAUUUAACUGGAGCCGAUACUGUAAUAUUUUAUGAUUCAGACUGGAAUCCAACAAUGGAUGCUCAAGCACAAGAUCGUUGUCACCGAAUUGGUCAAACUAGAGACGUCCAUAUUUAUAGGCUAGUAAGUGAAAGAACCAUCGAAGAGAAUAUUUUGAAGAAGGCUAAUCAAAAGAGAUUGUUGGGUGACCUUGCUAUUGAAGGUGGGAAUUUCACGACGGCAUAUUUCAAGAGCUCGACGAUUCAAGAUCUGUUUAACAUAGACUCGAAAGAAGAAAGUGCGGCCAGUAGAAUGUCGGAAGUUGUUGAAAGUCACGAAAAACGUGCCGCUGCUGCUGACCAAUCACAAUCUCACGCUGGUGGUGAUGAUAAAGCGGCUUUGGGAGCUUUAGAAAAUGCUCUAGCUGCAUGUGAAGACGACCAGGAUGUUCAAGCGGCACGAACGGCAAAGGCUGAAGCUGUGGCGGAUUUAGCCGAAUUCGACGAAAACAUUCCGUUAGAAGACCAAGAAAAAGAACCUGAGAUGAGUAAAGCAGAACAGGAAAUUGACAAUGUCAUCAAAAAGCUUUCUCCGAUCGAGAGGUACGCUAUGAAAUUCAUUGAAGAGACGGAAUCGGCAUGGUCUGCUGAACAACUGGCAGCUGCUGAACGCGAAAUCGAAGAACAGAAACGCGAAUGGGAACAAAAUCGAUUGGCCGCAAUGCGCGAAGAAGAAGAACGAAGAGCACGCGAACUAGAAGAAGAAAACGAUUUAUUAACGUUUUCACGGGAGGACGCCACAAACCAGAUCUGGGUUUCUGAUAAUACCAUGGAACAAAUGCCUAUGUGGUGUCCGCCCACACCGCCCCAACAAGACACGGACAUCUACAUAGAUCAAACGAUGUCAUUUCUUUACGACAUGAACAUAAUGUCCGAGUCGCAAUUACCUCCAAUUUAUGUUAAAAAAGAAGCGAAAAGGACUCGUCACGAUGCUGGUUUUGUUGACAGUCGCCGUGCUUUGAAAAUUCCUCGGAAGGAAGAAUCGAUGAACGCACCCAAAUCACUCUUCCAUUCAGCCACAAGUUUAAAAAUGAAACGUGAUCUUAAACUUCAAAAGUAUCGUGGAUUAAUGCGUAACACAUUACCCAUAUCUGGCAAGACCAACGUGCCUAAACCCGCUAUCGAAACCCCCUUAUGGCACGAUUGGACGGUCCAUGAAGACAUGGCAUUGUUGAAAGUAAUCCAAUCGUUUCAAGGCUUACCGCUAAAUUUGCUCGUCGCUUCGCCAGGUCAUACGCCAAAUUGGGAUUUCGUCUCCGAUUAUGUUAAUACUGUCUCGAUAACAUACCGCUCGCCUAAACAGUGCCGUCAGCGAUAUGAAACUGUGCUCAUACAGAGAGAGGAAGGAAAACAAGUUUUUGAUAAUUCAGUACGGAAAAAGAAAAACAAAAGCGGAUCUAUGCAGAAGUUUUCCUUUCAGCAGAAAUCGAAUCGGCCGAUGCGUACCUCUCAGUUAUACACUCAAGAUAAUAAUUCGAAAUUUUCGCAAAUUAUGCUUCAAAGGUACGACGCCCUUAAAACGAUCUCGAAUAAGAGGGCGCCACCGCAGAGGAGUGUUAGUAAUAAUCCGUCAUUGAAGAAUCCGAAACAUACCGCUAUGCUGACGGAAUGUGGGAUUGAUUUGGAUCAUCCGGUUUUGCCGGUGGAGGUAGCGGCUAGGAGGGCCGAAAGAUUGGCAAGGGAGAAGAAACCGUUGACGGCCGAACAACAAUUGGCCAGGUUUCAGAUGAUGAAGGGUUUGUUGCCUUUGUCGCAAGCCAGCACCUCGACGACAUUACCCCAAGUUGUGGCUGUUUCAAGCGGAACUGCUGUAACAACGGCGACACAAUCUCAAGUGACUAUCGCUCAGACCAUCAACGUUGUAACCAGUAUUACAACCACUGUUUCCAGUGCCCCAGCAACACCUCCAAAUACUAUCCGGUCACAGCGAAUUAUCACUUCUCCUCUCCAAGCCUCUACUGUGGUUUCCGUGGCCGGUUUAAGUCCAGCCCAAUUACAAGCUGCCACUCAACGGUUAAUAGUUUCCGGUAGUUCUCCCGGUCAAACCAAAACAGAAGGCACACCGACCGCAAUUCAAGCAAAAUCGAUCAGUUCGGCACAAUUGCAAUUAAUCAAACAAGCCGGUACGUUUAAACCACACGUGAGAUUACAGUCGGGAACGAUUUCGGGACAAGCCGUCAAAAACUCUACGGUUACGAUAAGUGGACAACAGGCCGUGGUUCAGUUUACGCAGGCACAACCGAGGGCUCAAUUUGUGAGACAAGGAACGGUCACUGUGGGGACUAAAGCAGGAAUAACCAGGACGGUGACUGAAAGUGAAGUGACUCAGCUGUUGAAGAAGCAACAGCAACAAAAGACGAUCACUGCGGCUGUGGCUACGGGGAGUCAGGCUUCGAAUAUUCAAGGUUUGUCGUCGCAAGUUUUGGCUCAGGCUGUGCAACAGGCCGGGACGUCAGGAACACAAGUUGCAACAUUGGUCAAGGCUGUUUCUAAUACUGGUGGAGUAACGCAAACUGUGACAAUUCCAGUGUCUGGAGUGACUAUAGCAAAUAGCGGCAAAACUGUCACUCCAACCAUCAAGGCUGCUAAUACUCAACAAAUUAGACAAUUCCAAAUCCAGCAACAACUUCUAGCUCACAAGAAAUUAGGGACGCAAAAAUUGAACAUUGCCCAAGUUGGUGGCAAAAAUAACGUCCAGACUCAGUUGAUUGUGGGACCGAAACCACUGUCAACUGCAAUGACAGUUCAACAGUUUACACAAGUGAUGAGGGCGCCACUUGGUAUUACUCGAGGACCUGUCGUAUUGGCUAAAGGAACACCAAGAGUGAUUCCUGUCAAUACAUCACAAGGGACUAAACAGACAAUACAGGUUGUUGCGGCAACUUCGCAAGCUUUAAAUUCGGCGCUUCGCCCCCAAAGCUCGUCGACUCUCGCCGGGGCUUUGGCGGGCAUCAAAGUACAAGGACAAGGCAGUACGCAAGCGCAGUUGUUAUCACAAGUUUCAGCGGCGCUUCAAAAUCAGACCGUUGUUAGGCAAGGAAGUCCUGUAAGGUUGCAAAGUGGGGCAUCGAUUGUCGCAGUAACUGUUCAACCGACUUCAAAUGUACAACAAGGAACGACACAAACUUCCAGUACGGAACAAGUAAGUAGAUUUAUGAAGAAGUGAAGUUUUUUUAUGUAAUAUAAAGAAAGUGCUUUGUAUGUUUUCCUUUUUAAUUGAAAGUUUUAGUUUUCACUUUCAAACUUGUGCUGUGAUACUAAAAGAAUUUUAUAGAAUAUUUCACAGGAUUAGUAUUGCAUUUAGGUUAUUUUUCUUCUUGUUUACUGUUGAGUUUUUGUGUCAAUAGUAGUUACUUAUGCAACUCGUUUGUUAUACAUUCAACACUAAACUAUUAAUGUACAUAAGCAUCAUGUAAAAUACAUUUUGUAUUAGUUUUAUUUUCACAAUAAAGAGUAAUUUUUUA